UCCCCAGCCCUCCCUUCUCCCGCCACUCCUCCCUUCCCUUCUUGACCCCUCCCUCUCCCCUCUCCUCUCCUCCCUUCCCUAUCUUUCCCCUUUUCCUUCCCCCUUUCCCUUUCUCCUUUCUGCUUCUGAACCUGCCGCUCCGCCUGGGAGUGGCGGGCGGGACCGAGUCCACCCGGACCCCGCUGAGGCCCCGGGCCUGGUGGCUCAGUCCUUGGCGGUAGCGACAUGCGGCUCCUGUUCCUGGCGGUGCUGCGGCCACACACCGGCAACGCGAUCACCGCCGAGCGCCUGCGGGACCACCUAGAAGCUGCGGGCCACAUGUGCGUUCUGAGAGAUGCCUUUGACUUUGAAAGCCCAUCUGAUGUUGCCGAUCUCAUCGCGGCCGAGAACCUGGAAGCAGCCCUAGCCCUUCACCUCUACCGAGGAGGCAGACUUUUGCAAGGUCACGGCAUUCCUUUUGGGGUCAUCUUUGGUGGAACUGAUUUAAAUGAAGAUGCCAAUCAUAAAGAAAAAAAUGAAGUCAUGGGGAAGGUUCUGGAAGAAGCCAGGUUUGCCGUGGCUUUCACAGAGGCAAUGAAGGACACAGCGCAGAUGCAGUGGCCACAUGCUACUGGGAAGAUCUUUGUCCAGAGUCAAGGAAUUGCAACGAUACCAAAUGUCAACUUUAAUAACUGGAACACCUUCCUCCAACAAUCAGAGAUUGACCAAAAUGCAGACAACCUGUACGUGUUCCUGGUAAUAUGUGGACUCAGGCCCGUGAAGGACCCUCUGUUCUUGGUAGACGCGUUCUCAGAAUGGCAUCAAGAAGAGCCCAGUGUUUACAUGGUGAUUGUAGGUCCUGAGGUGGAUCCAGCUUUUACAAGGGAAGUGAAAGACCGGGUGAGGAGGGCUGCAGGGGUGCGGCUGAUCCGGGAGAUGUGUCAGGAAGACCUGCACGCGGUGGUGAAGAGCUGCUUCGCGCUGGUCAACAGCUCAGUCUCCGAGGGCAUGUCAGCCGCCAUCCUGGAGGCGAUGGAUUUGGAAGUCCCCGUGCUGGCUAGGAACAUCCCUGGGAACUCGGCUGUGGUAGAGCACGGAGUCACAGGACUGCUGUUCACAACCCCUCAGGAGUUCAUUCAGUUGGCAAAGAGACUGGUCAGUGACCCUGUGCUGGAGAGGGAAAUCGUGACCAAUGGAAGGAAGUACGUGAGGACAUACCACUCCUGGCAAGUGGAGAGAGACACUUACCAGCGCCUCAUCGGGAAGUUGGGGGCCAGCUUAGAGGAUUAAACGGCUGAAGUCUGUGCUUCCCACAUCUGUCCCAAUAACUGUUGGGUACUCAGCUCUGGGUAGAUGCUGAAAGAUGGGACCUAGUCCUGGACUGCUGAAAUCCCUGAGUCCCCAGGAACAUCUCCACCCCCAACUCUCAUGUGUGGCGGACACAGUUCCAAAAGUGUUUACAGUUCCAUCCUGGAUGGGCUUGUAGCUCACUCCUGAAAGAGAGCUUAGGGCUCAGUGCAGGUGAUGGAGGUGCAUCUCAGGGGCCUCUGCGCGAGUCUUCCAAGAACUGCUUUUACAACUUCUGGAGCCUCCAACAGGGCAGACCUUUCGCCUGCCUUCAGAGUGACCUUUGCCUGUCAUUGCCAGUUCACAAAGAAGAAACAGAAAAGCCAGGACUGUCAACUGAGUGGAACUGGCAGCAUUUUUGAUAAGAUCUUGAUCUGCAGCCCAUCUCGGGGUCCUGAUGGACAUGUGGGGGUCCAGGUUUUGACUGGCAUGCUAAUAAGCCCUAGAGAGGUCGUGAAUGGGUUUUAUCAGAACAUGCUGCUUCUCAUGGGUGCAGCUGAGGGACACUUGCCAAAAGAGACCCACAGGUCCCGCCCACCUAUAUCACAUCACAGGGAGCCUGGAAGAUGAUUGGAUGGCCCCAGGAUGGAGGACCCCAGGAUGGAGGCUGGGACCUUGAAUUCAGCCUGGGCCCUCUUCCUUCUUGCCUAGGGAACUGAGGGCAAGUGCUGACUAAGUCACAAGACUCCAGACUGUGACAGGAGGUCCCUGGGAUGUGGGGAGGUCAGCCUGGAGUCUUUCAAUGGGAUCUCCCCACAUCAGCAGGCCGUGUUUCCAGUGCUCUCUUGUCGCAUUCUAACUGGGCUGCGCUACUGUAGGCAGCUAGGAGGAGGAGGGAGGAACAAUACAGCCAAGAGCCACACAUGCAAAGAAAGUACCAGACUCUGGAGGGCAUGGUGUAUGUGUGUGUGGGGGAGGACUCGGCACCUGUACUGUCCUUGUUCCAACUUUGAAGGCACAUCCUGGGCCUUUUGCUUUUCUACAGGAAAAGAAAAAAAGAAAAAGGAAAGAAAGAAAGAAGAAAGAAAGAAAGAAAGAAAGAAAGAAAGAAAGAAAGAAAGAAAGAAAGAAAGAAAGGCUAGCAGUCACAUUUCAUUCUAGGAGAAGUGGACUAGAAGAAAGCAAACUUUGUAAGCCAGUGCUUUGGGAAUGAGACCAGAGCCCCAUUAUAUAGGGUAUAAUCCGGCUCCCCAUUUCCGUACCUCAGAUCCUGCACAGUCACUUUCCUGAAGGCUCCAGCAGAGGCAGUGGCAAUUCCAUAGUCCCUGAGUGCCUAGCGUCUAGAGGCCAGCUGAGCAAUGUGCCCAUUUCCUUGGCCCCUGACGUGAGCUGGGGUCCUACCUCUCUGGGCACAAGGAGAGGAAGGGAGUAAAGAAGCCUGAAUCCUACAGACAGUUCCUUUGAGCCCAGAGUUCCCGCCCACCUCAGGAGAGGUGCACAGAGGUCGUCAGGUGUCACUGUUUACAAAGUGGGAUGCUCUGGAACGCAGGCCUCUCCUUUGCCCAGUGUCAGUAUCACUGCCUGACCUCCUUCAUGCCAGCAUCACUGAGUUACAUCUUCUGCCAUGUGCACUUUGGGGGAGGGAAGGGACUUAAUUAAUAAAGCGUGUCACCAUCAGGCUUACGAAAACAGCCGCCGUUUAUUCGUCCCAGGAGUGCCUCUUGUGGUCCCCAAGAAAACAAAUGCGAGUGUCUGGUUGGAGGCAUUUGAUAUGAACUUAGACUACAGUGUGAUAGUUUUCCCUUUCAGGAACAGACACUGCGGUGACCGAUAGAGAGAGGUUUAUGCAGGCUCUCAGGUUGGAGUUUCUAAACUACACCAGGUUGGCCCUAUUGCUCUGGACCUGUGGCAAAGAAGCGUCUUGACAGGAAUGAUUGGCAGAGCAAAUCUCCCUUCACACCUGGGAAAAGAAAGAGAAAGAAGAGGCAGUGGCCCUAGAACCCCCCUCAAGGCUGAUAAUGGCCUCAAGACCACACAGGAGGCCCUCCUCAGAGGGGCACAUGGCAGCUGUGCUUUCAAGUGAGCAUGUAGGGGAGGCCUCUGGAUGGGAGACACUCUGACCACGCGGGAGGUUUGCAAAUGUUGGUGUGCAUAGCAGGCACCUUGGACGGCCUGGCUCUUGCCAGUCUUAUUACUGCUUCCCUUCACUCUUUUUUUAAAAAUAUUUAUUUAUUUAUUAUGUAUACAGUAUUCUCAGUAUUCUGCCUGUGUGUAUGCCAGCAGGCCAGAAGAGGGCACCAGACCUCAUUACAGAUGGUUGUGAACCACCAUGUGGUUGCUGGAAAUUGAACUCAGGACCUUUGGAAGAGCAGGCAAUGCUCUUAACCACUGAGCCAUCCCUCCAGCCCC